AUGUCUGAGCAAAUUGUGCAGAGACCAGCGUCGCCAGGGGGUUCGGCAGAUUUCAAUAUCCCGAUCACCAUGCACAGAGCGGAUACCAUUCAUUUGACUCCCUAUUCAGCACCGCUCCCGAAUGUGGACGAUGACCAUGACGCUCAAGUUGAGCGAAAAGGGCGUUCUCCUACUCGAUCUCGCGUUAAAGAAGAUAAUCGCUCGCCGUCGAUGCAAUCUCUGCUCCCUGUUUACUCAAAUCGAGAUGGGCGAAGAACACUGUUACUCAUCUACAUCCAUGGCUUUGUAGGGUCGGAUACCAGCUUCAAAAAAUUCCCCGCGCAUGUCCAUAAUCUGCUUUCUGUUAUGCUCUCUGAAUCGCACGUCGUUCAUUCCAAAAUCUAUCCCCGAUACAAGACAAGAAAAACAAUCGAACUUGUUAGGGAUGAUUUGAGUUAUUGGCUGUGCCCUCAUGAAUCUCCUGAUACAGACAUCGUGCUAGUUGGACAUAGCCUAGGUGGAAUUCUUGCAGCAGAGAUUGCCCUCCUUGGCCCCGCUGAUUCACAGGGCCCAGAAAUGUUUAAGCAUCGGAUUAUGGGGACUAUAAACUUGGAUGUCCCAUUUCUGGGCCUGCAUCACCGUGUGAUCACCACCGGCUUCGGGAGUUUGUUUAGGUCCAAAAUCAAGAAAAAGGACCCGCGAAAUCAACCUUUUCCCGUUGACUCCUCAAUCAUGAAGCCCUCCAUUUCUUCCCCUGAUGAUCCUAACUUCGACCCGCUGUUCCCGAAUGACACCCGACUUACAGAACGAUCACAGCUUGACGGAGCUUUUAAUUUUAUACUUAAAAAUUCUAGCCAACUCGUGGAUGCGACUAAGAAAUAUAUUUCUUCGCAUGUGGAGUUCGGCUUGUGCAUUGCUGACUACUCUGGUCUCAAACGCCGAUAUAGGCGUCUGAGAGAAUUGGAGGAUGUUGACGACUGCAGUCCAAGGCAGGAUGGGAGCGGCCGGUCAUAUCGCCGUAUUAGAUUUAUUAACUACUACACUGCGUCCACAGGAAAAAUAAAAUAUCCUGCUAGUGGAAGUACCGGUAACAAUGCUCCUAAUACAAGUGUGCUGGACGGAAGGUCAGUGAGCACAGCGCCCACGUCUCCCUCCGAGCUUGGCCACGUUAUAUCAUUAUCUGUCGAUCCUCGCACACCAACGGAAGAAAAGACAGGGAAUUCGGUCGCUUUGUCGCAAGCAAAAAAUGAAGAAGAAAUUAGUGCCGAAAUUCACCAAUUGGUAGUAGAACAUACUCACAGUGCACCAGAGAACAGUCAUACUAUCCUGGCGGAAGAUACAUAUCUUGAUUUCCCACCUCAGCCGCGCCGACCACCAGAGUUUGACCCAACCUCCUAUGUAUCAAAAGCCCUCUUAAAGGAAGCCCAAAAAGACCACUCCCGCCAAAUGAAGGCUUAUGAGAAGGUAGUGAAAGAACGGGAAAAGAAAAUAAAAGCUGUCCACAAACUCACCAGCAAGCAGGAACUAGCUGCAGAAAAGGAACAGAUGCAGAGAAACAAAGAGCCAUUAUUUCCAACCUCCUCCCCAACCAACCACAGCCACUCACCUCAAGCGAAUGGAGUUCUAUUAGACGGCAAUAAUGAAGUCGAAUCCACCCGUAAAGUCAAAAAGGACCGGAAAUUUUGUGCUCUCCCUCCAAGAGAAACUAAUGGUGAGCGGGAUCCAUUGUGGGUGAGGGUCUACAUGGAAGGAGUGGAUGAAGUCACUGCUCAUCAGUCGCUAUUCGUUUCUCGAAAUGCGGCAUACGAUCGACUAGUGGGAGAUGUGGCUGCUCGCAUCGAGGGAUGGGUGCAGGAUGAUCUGACGACGCAGGUUCUAAAGAAUGCUUUGGAAGAAAAAGAGUAG